UGCGCCGCAAGCUUUUUUUUUUUAUUUUCCGGUAGGUCGCCAGCUGAGGCGGUUUGUAAGUUUUGGGUAGCAGUAUGCUAGAAUUUUGAGGCUCCCUUCCGAUGAAAAUUGAGCUGUUCAUGCAGCCAUGGAACCCGGGUUACAGCAGUGAGGGGGCCACGGCUCAAGAGUCUUGCUCUGUCAUCCAGGCUGGAGUGCAGUGGCAUGAUCUUGGCUCACUACAACCUCCACCUUCUGGGCUCAAGCAGUCCUCCCACCUGAGCCUCUCAAGUAGCUGGGACUUCAGGCACGCACCAACACACCCGGAAACUUACACAUGUCCAAAAAUGAUUGAGAUAGAGCAGGCGGAGGCCCAGCUUGCUGAGUUAGACCUGCUAGCCAGUAUGUUCCCAGGUGAGAGUGAGCUCAUAGUGAAUGACCAACUGGCUGUAGCAGAACUGAAAGAUUGUAUUGAAAAGAAGACAAUGGAGGGGCGAUCUUCAAAAGUCUACUUUACUAUCAAUAUGAACCUGGAUGUAUCUGACGAAAAAAUGGCGAUGUUUUCUCUGGCCUGUAUUCUUCCCUUUAAAUACCCGGCAGUUCUGCCUGAAAUUACUGUCAGAUCAGUAUUACUGAGUAGAUCCCAGCAGACUCAGCUGAACACAGAUCUGACUGCAUUCCUGCAAAAACAUUGUCAUGGAGAUGUUUGUAUACUGAAUGCCACAGAGUGGGUUAGAGAACACGCCUCUGGCUAUGUCAGCAGAGAUACUUCAUCUUCACCCACCACAGGAAGCACAGUCCAGUCAGUUGACCUCAUCUUCACGAGACUCUGGAUCUACAGCCAUCAUAUCUAUAACAAAUGCAAAAGAAAGAAUAUUCUAGAGUGGGCAAAGGAGCUUUUCCUGUCUGGGUUUAGCAUGCCUGGAAAACCUGGUGUUGUUUGUGUGGAAGGCCCACAAAGUGCCUGUGAAGAAUUCUGGUCAAGACUCAGAAAAUUAAACUGGAAGAGAAUUUUAAUUCGCCAUCGAGAAGACAUUCCUUUUGAUGGUACAAAUGAUGAAAUGGAAAGACAAAGGAAAUUUUCCAUUUUUGAAGAAAAAGUGUUCAGUGUUAAUGGAGCCAGGGGAAACCACAUGGACUUUGGUCAGCUCUAUCAGUUCUUAAACACCAAGGGAUGUGGGGAUGUUUUCCAGAUGUUCUUUGGUGUAGAAGGACAAUGACAUCAAGAGUAGUUGAAAGUAUCUUGCCACUGUUGGCCUUUUGAUUUUUUUUCCCACUUUUUCUUGAAAGAUUAAGUAAUUUUAUUUUAGUUCCAUUGUAGAAUGUUGGGGAGUGGGGCACAAGAAAAAAAUAGUAUAGCUGAAAUGCAUCUGUUAAAAAUGUCAUGAUUGAAAGCAGAACUGAGUUUCAAAUUACAACCUUAAAAUUGUUGUUAGAUAUUUCUUCACAUAUCAGCUGCCCAUUUUGAAAAAGAAAUUAUCCAUAAAGGUAAUGUUGGUGCUCCAAUUUGCCAGCCAUUCCCAACCCCCUUCUCCCUUACCUGCCUUCACUAAAGAACCCAGAAAAGCUAAUUGCUCCCCUUUCAGCCUCUGUUGCAACUAACAACUCUCAGUGGCCUCAGGACACAGCUUUGGCCUUGGGAAUUCUGGGAAAACUUUUACUUCCUGAUUAAAGAUACAUAUGCAGCUAGGCCACCUCCUCCCCCCCUUACUGCCAUAAACACCAAAGUGAUGACUGGAGCUGGAGGAGUUAUUUGAACCAUGACAGAAGGAAGGGCCAAGAGAAACACGAAGAUGCCAGUUGCCACAUUGUUGAGCUGCUGACCCAACACCAGCCAUUGCCUGUCUCUAAACGUCUUACGAAAUAAAACCAGUUUUGUUUAAUUUCUAGGCUUUUUUUUUUUUUUUUAAAUAGAUGGAGUCUUGCUCUGUCGCCCAGGCUAGAGUGCAAUGGUGCAACCUCUGCUCACUGCAACCUCCGCCUCCCAAGUUCAAGUGAUUCCCCUGCCUCAGCCUCCCAAGUAGCUGAGAUUACAGGCACCCGCCACCAUGCCUGGCUAAUUUUUGUGUUUUUUAGUAGAGACAGGGUUUCACCAUUUUGGCCAGGCUGGUCUUGAACUCCUGACCUCAGGUGAUCCUCCCACCUCGGCUUCCCAAUGUGCUUGGAUUACAGGCAUAAGCCACCGUGCCUGGCCAAUUUCUAGGCUUUUUACUAGCAGUUGAAAGCUAGUUUGUCAAAUAGUUUUCAGAGCUUUAGUUUUGCAUUUACCCCAGCCUUUUGAUACACAAAUAGGUGAAGUUUUUCUGAAGUGGAGUUUGCAGUUCCUCACUUUUUGUAUACUCAUGCUCUGCCCCUGCUCCUGGGCUUGCCUCAGACAAGGCUGAGGCAUUAGUAGGGCUUAAACUUUUUUAAUAAGCCUCAACAAUUCAUCAAAUUAGUAAUUUAGAAAAUUUGUUUGGCAAAUUGUAUUCUGACAUUUUUUGUUCUGGAAAUGGCUUUCUGUACAUUUAUUUUUGCCAAAUUGACCUAGCAUUAAAUAAACACACCACUCAGUUUUUGAGGACCUCCAUAAA